AUGAGCUAUACAUCUGAUGAUCAGCCGAACCCCUAUGGUGAAAUUUGUAUCAGGGGUCCCAUUAUUUGGAAAAGAGAGAUUUUUGGUAAAGUUUGUAAAGUUGGGGUUAUAACAGGACAUGAAGGGCCUGUGAAUUAUUUGCAAGCUUCAUCAUCCAAUAGACUUGGUGGUGGCUUUUUGUUGUAUAGUGCAGUACCGCCAAUCCCGCACUCGCUCAGCUGUUAUAUAAGCUAUAAGUUGUUUGAUAAAAUGUUUAUACCAGCUGGUUCAGGUUUUGCUUCUAUUGUUAUUGGAAGCUUUGCUAGGAACUUAGUUAUUGAUAAAAUGGCCUUCACUCAGUUCACAUUAAGAUAUAGUAUUCAGUACACCUGUUGGUGGCCAUUCUUGCACUGGACGAAGAGUCAGUUGGGAAGGCUGCAGAGAGGCUUAUUUCAAGCAAAGGGGAACUCAAAACACAGCUUGAGAAUUUUCGCAGGGAUCCUAACAUAUCAAGAAGUCUACACUUUAACUAUUGGGUACCAUGAACUAACAGGGUCAAAGAUUUCUUUGAAAAAGCCGUUGUUAGUGCUCAAGAAAGUCAAGCAUAUGGAUGGAGAAAAUUGUAGUGAUGUUGAGUUGCAGGUUGUUGGAAUCAUUAGACAUAAGAUUCUGUUCAAGACCAGACCAAAGGCCCUAAUUUCUAAGCCACAGAUAACAUCUAGAGAAAAGCAAAAGACUAUCAUGUUAGGCUCUGCAAAUUCAAACCAAGUUGUGUAAUAUUCACCGUCUGUCAUUGAAUGAACUCAAGUUGGACCAGAAGUCUAGAGAAGUACAAGGAUACACACAUCCCUCUUUUCUACACUGCACGUAAAAAUUUGACAAUCUUCAUGUGUCAUUCUCAUAUGUAUUUGUAAUUUAGAAUCUUGGCAAUCAUAUGUGGAGCACAAUUGAUGGCGAAAGUGGCUGUAAUAUAUGAUUAAAGGGUGUUUGGAGUGUCAUUAAUCAUUAUCUUAAUAUAUAUUUUGGUGUAAAUGUGCAACUAAUGCAUAUUAAACUAAAGCUUGUCCGAACUUCUAAUUGUGUAGAGGAUUGAAAUAUGAAUAUAAUACAGAAGAUAUCUUUGGGUUUAUAA